UUGGCCGAACAUUGCACUGUUUCGACUACUAACUAUUUACACCAAGAUGGCCACCAAGAUGAUCACCUUGAACGUUGGAGGAACCAUCUACACGACCUCAAUCGAGACCCUGACACGCUACCCUGACUCCAUGCUAGGAACAAUGUUCAAAACACAACAUGGAAACAGUGGAACCGGACUCGACCCAUCCAACAAGGAUGAACAUGGCCGCUUCGUCAUCGAUCGGGACGGUCCCACGUUCCGCUUCGUGCUCAACUUCCUCCGGGAAUCAUGCCUGACCCUACCAGAAGACUUCAAGGAGCUGGGUCUCCUGAGGCGGGAAGCUGAGUUUUACCAAAUCGGGCCGCUCAUCGAAGCUGUCGACAAGCUUGUCGGUGAGGCUGUCGACAUGAUAGAGCCGAAGUCGAGCUGCCAGAUGGAAUGGAUUAAAAUUAAGUGUUCAAAAAUAGAUACUUCACGGAUACUCUAUGGCAAACAAGAGACCCUUGAUCAAAUCAAGAGUUAUAUAUCGUUAUUUACAGAUCAGCGUACCAAGAUUACUGUGUGGUACAUCCCGCGUGAUAUUUCGGUAACCGUUACACGUUUUGAUGUUUUACUUGAAUCUGUAUUGCGUAAUGGUUCUCAACAGUAUUCUAAGCUGCUGGAUUUUGUUCAAUCCCCCUUAGCAUCCCUCGGAUUUGUCAUGUUAAGCGAAUCUUCUGUCAGCGAUUCUCAUUAUUGGAUUUUUGUAAGAAGAACCUACCCAGACAAAUGACUUUCGAUAAAACAAGAGCUUGAUAUAGGUUUUCAGCGCAGUCAAUUUCAGCAAACAAAACACGAUUCAGUUUCUUUUCAAAGAAUCAGAAUCAGUUCAAAAUUCGUGCAUUUUCCUCAAACCAAUAAAGGUAUUCUCUUUGUAUAGAUAUUACAUUUAGUUUUAUUUUCGUGCACACAUAAUUUCGUUCUUCUCAUAGAUUCUAUUUCAUUUUAAAGGCAUUCAAGAUUAUUCGCCUAGACAGUUCUCAUUGAAUUUCGACUAAACAUUGUUGGAAUUAUUGAAUGGUUUACCAGCCUCUUUCUGUUGGCUUUAUUAAAAAUUGUAAAAACACUGCACACCUAUAGUAAUUAAUUGUCAAAUACCAGUUUUCUCACUUGUUGUAUCUCAGCAAUAGGCAUUGUAAAAUAAUGUUGACUCAAUAUUGGUCGUCGAAGUUGCGAGAGGCAAAUGGAAGAAAAAACAUUUGUCGCAUAAGUUGUUUGCUUUCAGAUUCCUUGAAUUCGAGACCACAGCUGAGGUCUAUAUAAGUCAAUUCAAAUUAAUGUUUUAGUGAGAAAUUAACUCUUUCUCAAAACCUACGUUACUUCAUAGGGAGACGUUUCUCAUAA